CCGAGGGAAUUCUGAAUGUCAAGGCUAAAUAUGCUGCCUUGUGCGAUUACUUCACAAACGUAGAAUACAUCAAAUGACCAAAAGUUACGUUCUGCAUACUCCUACUUCCAAGUUUUGUGCUUGUAAUUCUCUUUAGUUUCUGUAUUUUUUUUUCUCUUGUGAUUUUGAAGUCAAAAUUAUUUAACUUACUGUCAUUAAUUAGCUAAUCAUCACGUAAACUUCGCGAUUUUAUUUAAACUAUGUUUAUUUCAAAAUUGGCAAACAGAGGAAUGGAACUAUCAAAAGUUAUUCAACUACUGGAUAUGUAUUGUUUGCCUCAUUUAGCUGAGAAAUGGGAUAAUGUUGGCCUCUUAGUAGAGCCAUCUCCUCCACAUUAUGUCAACAAGAUUUUACUUACCAAUGAUUUAACAGAACAAGUAAUUGAUGAAGCUAUCGCUGAAAAAACUGGUCUUAUCGUAUCAUAUCAUCCGCCUAUAUUUUCACCUCUCAAGAGACUUACACAACAACAUUGGAAACAGCGUAUAGUUGUACGUUGUUUAGAAAAUCGGAUCGCUGUUUUCUCACCACACACUGGUCUUGAUGCAAAAGUUGGAGGAAUUAAUGAUUGGCUUUUGGAACCAUUGGCUGUGAAGAGUAAAGCAAAUCUAUCUCGAUCAUCUGCAGUCAGUCAAACUUUGUCUCAGUUGACUGUAGUGAUGGGUGAAAAUUUCACAGAAUUUGUUUUAUCUACAGGAGUAAAUGUGUGCACAACCAAUAUACAAAGUGAUGUUGGUGUUACAUCAGCUGUUGUUACUUGUCCGGAGUCCGAACUAAAACGUACAAUGGAUGUCAUGGAGGAGCUUAAGAUUCCACUGGUCAGUAUACACACAAUUCAAAAGACAGAUGGGGAAGGAUGUGGACGAUUGGUUACACUACAGUUUCCAGUUCACAUGAGAGCAGUGAUUGCUGCUUACAAAAAAUUUCUAAACGUGGAGCAUUUAACUGUAGCUCUAGGAAGAGAUAAAACCCUUGAUCAUCCUAUUCAAGCAGUUGCAGUAUGCGCUGGAUCCGGUGGAUCACUUCUUUGUCAAACACCGCUUGCUUUAACUGCUGAUCUAUUCAUCACAGGGGAAUUAUCACAUCAUGAUCGCCUUGAAGCAGUUUCUCGUGGUAUCUCUGUUAUAUUGGCUGGACAUUCAGUAACAGAGCGGGGAUUUUUCAAGGAUAGAUUUAUUCCUGACUUUCGACAAUUGUUAGCCACAAUUCCUAGUUCUGGUCCCGAUUCUCCCCAGUUGGAAUUGUUAAUAUCUGAUGUAGACCAUGAACCGGGUUGUGUAGUUUAA